GCAAAUCACUCGAGUGUCCCGGGCACUUUAGUCUUGGCGAUUGUCGCGACAACAUCAUGAAGUUAAUCAAAGCACUGACCGCACUGGGUUGUGUUCUGUGUGUGUCGGGUUCAGGAGGCAACGUGCUUGUGAAUCUGUUUCAAACGGAGAUAAAGGACUGUCUCACCGAGAAUGGAAUACUGCCAGUCUUUCAUAAAGACACAUUUGUGAGACUUAUCCUCGCAACGGUUCAGAAUGCUGAGACCUUUCGAAACGUAAUGAAAUGCGCAGCGUUACGGGUGAAGUUGGAUCCGAAGCACACGUUGCACAGCACCAUGCAUCUGUUUGAUAUCAACGUCACCCCAGAUAUCGUGAGCAACAUGUAUAGUAACACCCAUUUGGAUGACUGGAAUUGUCUCCAGGGGAGCCUUGUUACGUCACAAUGCAUUGAUAUGACACCAUUAGGGACAAGCUGCAGGGAGCGUCUUCUAACAGCCAACGCCACUUGCACUCAAUUGAUGUCCACGUGGAACUGCACGGGCGCCGUGAACGCCAUUAUACAGAACGUCGUCAUGAUGAUGUUCGGGAAAUGCCUCUACGAUACCAGUGACAUGAGCACAUCAAUCACCAAGACGACGGUUCUUACCAUGGAUCAUUUACCAACUACCUCACCUCUUCCGGACAUUGAACUGAUUUUUGAGUCCGGUUUUAUCAAGUGUUCUGUGCAAAUGUUCGCCUCAGAGUUUAUGAGUCUUCCCUUUCUUUUCCCACCUUCACAGCAGACGCUGGACGACAUCUUGUUUGAGGCAGAUAAUGAUGUCAAUGUCACGGCCAGACACGAGCGAAUCAAGGGAAUAUUCUGCAGCAAAGUAGCGGACUGGACGUCAUGUGUUCAAAAUCGUCUGCGGACGGACACCGGAAAUAAGAUCAACAAAUGGUUAAGCCCGUUCGUCAACAUAGAUGGUCUCGGGCUACAGAUGAAAACCUACUGUGACAAAAGUCAUCAGGUUACAUCGAUGUACGUCUGCACGCUGGCCAAGACAAAGAACAGCACGUGCAAUGGAGGUAUCAUGGAUGUGCUCGACGAAAUCAGCACGAAACCUUUCGACCCGAACCAGUACGGUGAUAAGUGUGGAGAGUUGCGACGAAGGAUAAAGUGCAGGGUGACCGAGCUAUCCGGGUGUAACAUGGAGUAUGCAUCAACCAUGGACUUGUUUCUGAAUGGUCUGCUAAAAGAUGACUGCAAAGCGGGGGCCAACUUUACAGAAAGCCUCGACAAUGGAGGCAGAGGCGACUCGACCUCAAAACCGUCGGGUCAAGGAGGCAGGAAUGGCGCUGGCUCUAACAAGGUCGCACGUAGUCUGACCAUGACAAUAGUGCUGCUUGCUGUGGGCUUCGUUGCCGUGAUGAGAAAGUAAAAGUGUGCGUUCUUUAUACGUAUUGUUUGUAGAUGGAUUGUCUUACAGGACUAUCCAAUUGUUUUCCCGAAACAAAACUUUCAAAUCCUUUUAGGUAUUUACUCCAAACUGCAUAGAUUGAUAUAUUAAUGUUAAAUGGAAUGCAGUGCCCAAGAGUAACGAAGUAUAGCUUAAGCGUACACCUUAGUUAAAUUUGCUGACAGGAAUUUUAAAUCAUCUGUUAUAGAGAUAUGGAAUACAAGUCAGAUGUGUAUUCGACAAUUUGCAACUAGACUAAGAUUUACACAUCGUAAUACAUAAAAAAAGAUUGUUUGGAUGUUUUACUUUCAUUGGAAUGUUCAGUACACAGCACCAAUAUUGUUUAAGAUGUACGUUAUUCCAUAAUACCUCUCAAAAAGUCUUGGUAUAUAUCUUAAAGUUACCAUCUUAGAAUGAAUGUUCAAGUUGUAGCUAUAUACAUUUUAUAAUUAUUUUAUAUUAAUGAUGAGCCUUUUGAUGAUAAACACGUUCUUUAUCUGACUGUCAAUUUAAUAAAUUGUGUACACUGUUGUUCUUAAUUGAUUUUAAUAUUAAUUCGUUUAUUAUCACAUAACUUACCUUUUUUUCUCUUGAUCUGACAAAAUAUUCAUGCUAACAAGUAUUCAUAUGUGUAUAUAUAUUUUUGAAUGUCAUCUUUUUAAAAGAAAUGUCUUAUUUAUUAGAAAAUAUUAAAUUCAUUAAAAAAAUAAUUGCACAACACUUUUUAUUAUUAAUCUGAACGUAUACACUGUUUUCAAAAUAUAUAACAAAUGAUACUACUUUUCAUAAUAUAAUACUUACACACACCAAUAAAAUCCUACCAAAUCUGGUAGGAUUUUCUUGUGAUGGAAGUGAUUGUACGUGAGAGCAUGGAACGACAACUCUACUUGAAGAUUGUAAACGCAUCUUCAUUUUUAGCAUACAUACAUUGUAUUGUAUUGUUUACUGUUGGUUUAUUAUCGUUUUCUUUAAUCGUCUGAUAAGUACUCACAUCUAUAGUUACCUAUUUAUUGUAUUACAUUUUCUUGUCUGUUUUUUUUUGUAAUAAUUAUCAACCAAAUUAAUAAGUUGAAGAUUAUGCUCAGUAUUUUUUUAUAAAUAGAUAAAAAUAUAUACAUACAUUUGUUACAAUCUGUCAAUUUUUUAAUGUUUAAUUCAUUUACUGUUUUAUAUUAUAUGUGGGAAGUUUUAUUUUACGGUGUUGUUUAACAACAAUUAAUUGAACAUAAGAUUGCCAUUGUUUAAAUGUAAGUGAUACUUUAAUAUAAAUUUGUUGUCUAAAUUAGCUAUUUUAGUAUUAGAAUUAUUAUAGUUAUUUUCAAAAAUAUUCCCCUGCAAACUUUCUUGAUAUCUAUGGUCGAUUUUUUUUCUAAUUACUGCAUCGGUUUGGCAGUACAAAUACUCGCUUGUGAAGGAAAUGAUCUUAAACAUUCUAAAUCGAUCGAACUACAUAUACAUAAAGUUUGCUACACAUGUUUUUACAGAAAUUUGUUUCGUGUUAAAAUUGUAAAUAUGUACUCGAACUACUUUUGCUGCCUAUGUAUUAACUUAAGAAAAAAAAAUGUAAAUAAAAUCCUAUGUACAUUUA